UCCCUUCCUGUUAUUUAACCUUCCUUAAGGCGGUGCUCACAGCGAGGUCUGACCUGGGGUCAGUGUGAGAGUGUUAAGAACGAAGGUAUGUUUCCACACUGCUCACUGCGGAACAAGACCGAGAAUCAUCAGCGAGCACAGAGUCCAGGUCCCAAUGUCUUCAGGAGGGGUUGGUUAUGAGCCCAGGUUCCACCGGGUACAAGAUCCACACUAUGACCAGGUCCCCGACGGCUCCUCAUGGCACGACCCGGAUCUUCCUAUGCCUCCGGGUCCCUUGCAUGAAAUAGCACCCGCUGUGAGCUUGGACCCCCUCCCUCCUCCCCCUCUACCUGAGCAGCCUGCUGUUGGGGAUGAAUCCUUGUACCCCCCCAGCGACAAUGAGCCAGUGGACGGUGACUGUGAUGCCAUGGACAUUAAACCAGUCCGUCGCUUCAUACCCACCUCCCUCAAGAACUUCUUCCGUGGCAAUAGUGGUAAAAGUGUCAGCAACCAUUGGGCCGUCCCUCCCCCGCCUUUACCGGCCCCUUACUCCACCGCCCCCUCAUCCACUAAGAAUGCCAGCUGCCGGACCACAGCAGGAGUCCCGUGCUCACCACCCAACUCCGCCCCUCCCUCCCCGUCCCUGCUAGGGUCCAACCGGGACCCCUACGGCGGCUCUGGCUACAGCUACACCUCUCAGAAGGAGCGCGACGGGUUGCCGCUGGGUAGCGAAGCCCUCACCUCCGUAUCGGCAGUGCCCACCAAUCUGUCGGCCCUGACUUACCACGAGCGGGUGGAGGAGUACCACCUGCGCUACGCCUACAUGAAGUCCUGGGCCGGCCUGCUGAGGAUCCUGGGCUGUGUGGAGCUGCUGAUGGGAGCUGCAGUGUUCGCCUGCGUCUGUGCUUAUGUUCAUAAGGACAACGAGUGGUUCAAUAUGUAUGGGUACUCCCAGCCGGGGCUCGGUGGAAGUGUCGGCGGAUAUGGGGGCGACCCCUACACGGGCCCCAAGACCCCGUUCGUCCUUGUGGUGGCUGGUCUUGCAUGGAUAGUGACCGUUAUCCUGGUCGUUCUUGGCAUGAGCUUGUAUUACAGAACCAUCCUUCUAGACUCUUCUUGGUGGCCCCUCACCGAGUGUGCCAUCAAUCUGGUCUUGGGGAUUCUGUAUUUAACAGCAGGAAUAUUGUAUGUGAGGGACACCACGCGGGGGGGGCUGUGCAACUUCCCGGUCUUCAAUAAUGGAUUAAAUGGGGCAUUUUGUCGCACAGAGGCUGGCCAGACAGCAGCCAUCGUCUUCCUCUUCAUCACCAUGGUGCUCUACUUCAUUGGUGCAGGAGUGUGUCUGAAGCUGUGGAGGCAUGAAGCGUCCAGGAUGAGGAAGGAGGGGCUGGCAUAUGAGAGCAAAACCAUUGGAUCGUCGCUCCCUCUGUCUAUCCUGGGUCCAUCCUCCAGGGUCUCUGAGCGGACCCCUCUGCCCACUCUCCAGCCAGACAUCAUGGACUCCACCAACUACUCUGCAGCUGCUCCUCUGAUGGCACUGGAGCCUGAGAUUCUCAGAGGCCACAUACCAGCCGGACACAUCCCCAAACCUGUCAUCAUAGCCGACUAUGUGGCAAAGUACCCCAGCAUCCGCUCAGACGAGGAGAGGGACCAGUACAAGGCUGUGUUCAACGACCAGUACGCCGAGUACAAGGAGCUGCAUGCUGAGGUCCAGGCCAUGGCCAAGAGGUUUGAAGAGAUGGACGAGAUGAUACAGAAUCUUCCCCCCCGGCCUUCUAGCCAAAUGGAGAAGGAGCGGAUCAGCGCCAUUGUAUCUGAAUACCAAAGGAAGAAAGCUGAUCCAACGUAUUUGGAAAAAAGGGAGAGAUGCGACUACCUGAAGAACAAGCUCUCUUACAUCAAGCAGAGGAUUCAGGAGUACAACAAGGUCCCGGACGCAAACAACUAAUCCCCGCAGUUCAAGCGCUCAGCAGCACUCCUGGAAUUCAUAUCAAGAAAAAAAAAGGUUGCUAAGGACAUUUUAAAUGCCCAAUUUGAUGCUUGUGUCAGUAACUAAUCAUAUUUUUAGCAUUAAUUGAGUGACGAGCCCAAAACUCUAAGUGUUCCUUUUGAAAGUGAGUGUAAAUAAGAUCCCACCAAAUGAAUGAAUGAAGUAAACAAGACGGAGUCAAUGUUAAGGACGCUAUGAUUAGUCCUGCAUCCGCAGCAGACGAGCAGGAGCUGAGGUUUGUUAGUUGAUCCGUGGUCCCAUUGGAUGGACUUUUAUAUGCUGCAUGUGUCACAGCGUGGAGGUCAAGCUGCUUGUUAUAAUCCUUCCUGUUUGCUGGUAUUACUUUUGACAUUGUUCUAUUGAACUGUGAGGCUCCAUGACACUGAAAUCAUAAUGUUGAAUAUGACAUGAUGGCGGUUUAUUAUUAUCUUUAGUCACUACUUUUGUAAACUCACGUGUAUAGUUUGUGUGAUAUGUGCAUGUUGUUGUUUUGUAUCAUAUGUAAUGUGCUUCAUAACAAAGAAGGAACUUUUUAUAAACUCUUCAGCUAAUAUCCUGUUUGGA